AUGUUUCUUUCCCUUCCUUCCGAGCUGCUGCUUUCAAUUUUGGCCUUCCUUUCUGUUCGAAAGGUAAAACUAUAUCGAAGUUGGAAAAGCCCUAAAAACAGUUCGAGCUCGGAUGUUUAUUUGCGCAACCUGUUCCGAUCCCUUCCGUCGAUACAAACCAUUGAGUUAUCUCAUAUUUACCUCAAAGGAUACUUUCCCGAAAAUACGAGGAUUUUAUGUCCGUUUUACCCUGUCGGUAAUGCACUCACGUCAAUACUAUAUACAAUUGGUAAAUCGAACAAAAUACAAAAACUAAAAAUUACGGGAAUUUUGGACGCUUAUAACGUUAAAAUCGACAGGGAUAUCACCAGCAUCACGUCGCUCCACAUUAACGCCCUUAACAAAUCACAACCACAAUAUUUAACCUUUUUCUACAAUCUCGAACAUCUUUCACUCCGGUCAGCCCACUGGCGAAAAGGCCGACUACGGCUACCAAAGUUUCACUGGAGCAGGCUAAAACGGGUAAGUCUCCAUAGAUUUUCGGUUUCUAAACAUGAUUUGUUGAGUUUUGUUGCGCGUCACAGCUCGCUGGAACAAUUGACAUUGGAAAACAUGUACUUCAGCGAAGGUUCCUGGAUUUCGUUUUGCUUGCGGCUACGGGCACUCGGUAACAAUAUAUCAGUCAAGCUUUUGGGUACGUUUAACAGCCGGGAAAACCAAUGGCCGGGGCCUCCAAUACGUGGAAAAGAAUUGGAACGACUAAUACUGGAAAACCCGUUUUAUUAA